AUGAACGGAAGUUAUUUUCACUCGGUGAUUAAGGCAAAAAGAGCAGCAAGCGGAAUAUUCACAAUCCAGAACAUGCAAGGAGAAAUAGUUCAAUCAACAGAUGCAGUAGCUGAUGCUUUCAGGGAUUUCUACACAAUAUUGCUGGGCACUGAUCAGCAAAAUAGAGAUCAUGUGGCAAGCCACAUAGUCAAAGAAGGAAAGAUUGUAUCAGAAGAACAAAGAAGUCAGUUGAUUAGAAAUUUCUCACAAAAGAAAGUUAAAGAUGCACUAUGGGAUAUAGAAGGGACAAAGGCACUAGGCCCUAAUGGGUAUGGAAGUCAAUUUUUCAAGGAUAGUUGGAACAAUGUAGGAGAAGAUGCCAAUGCAACUGUGCUGGAAUUUUUCCAAUCUGGGAAAAUGCUCAAUGCCCUUAAUAGUACAGUGAUCACCCUCAUACCAAAAUCCUCUCAUGCUGUAACAGUUGAAGAUUAUAGACCUAUAGCAUGA